AUGACAGAUUUGAACGUCGCUAUCUAUCGCCGUGCUGGCAAAGGCAAAAUCCGCCACUGGGCCAUUUGGUUGAAAAGCUACAAUCCGGAAGAAUCCGUCAUUCUCCAGCUUACCGACAACAUGUACGGGUAUGAUUAUCGUAUCGCUGACCCUGUUUACUCAAGCCCUGUGCACUCCGGCAGGCUUGAGAGCAUUAUUGGUUGCGGUUCUAUUCGUGAAGAGAAGCACCAGCUCGCUCUGGACGCUAUUUUGAAUUAUCCAGUGCACAAUCGAGGAGAGGCUUGGAAUUGCCAAUCAUGGGUUUUUGACUGCUUGGAUCUGUUGGAUCGAAUGGGAGCCUUGGAUUUUGCCUCCCAGGGAAGAGAUUGCUUGGAAGCACUGCGGGAGUAA